GAUGUAUGUGUCACUGGUUUUGAAAUUCCCAGCAUCCUGUCGGACUGCUCUCCGCCAUUUUCGAUAGUUGGUGUCGCAGGAGUGGUCGGCGUAGCUAACAAUUAUUAAAUUGUUCCAGUAAGGUCGCUUUUGAAGCCGCUCGACGAAGAUAGUCUGUGACAGCAGAGUUUGAUUUAACAAGACCUUUAAACUGCGCACGAAGAUGUCCAGCGAGCAGGUAGAAAACACCGCCGAGAAAGUAGGCCAGCAGCCGCCGCCGCAGCAGCAGCCGCCGCAGCAGCAGCAGCAGACGCCGCCGCAGGGAGAAGUGAAUGGGAAAGCCAAGCAUGAGUCCAUUUCAAGCAGGAAGGAAAGGCCCCAGAAGAGAGGUGGAGGAGGCCGCUACGAACCCUAUGGGAACGUGAACAAGAGAUACCGUGUUUUUGUCAGCAACAUCCCAUAUGAUGUGAAAUGGCAAGCCCUCAAAGACCUGAUGAAAGAAAAAGUGGGUGAGGUAACGUACGUGGAACACUUAAUGGACGCAGAAGGCAAAUCGAGGGGUUGUGCUGUUGUUGAGUUUAGGACUGAGGAGCUAAUGAAGAAAGCAGUGGAGAAGGUCAACAAGCACAACUUCAAUGGAAGACCCCUGAAAGUGAAAGAGGACCCUGAUGGUGUGAUUGCUCAGAGAGAAAUCAACAAGGCCCAAGGUGGAGGCCCACCAGGAGGUCAUGGAGGAAUGGGAGGUAUGGGUGGAAUGGAUCGCAUGAACAUGGAACGAAUGGGCCCUGGACCAAAUGGCCCCAUGGUCAACAUUCCUCCAAGCCUCAUGAACAACCCGAACAUUCCCAAUGAGAUCAUCCAUGGACUCCAGGCUGGCAGGAUUGGCAGCACUGUCUUUGUGGCUAAUCUCGACUACAAAGUGGGCUGGAAGAAGCUGAAAGAAGUCUUCAGCAUGGCUGGCAUGGUGAUGAGGGCUGACAUUCUGGAGGACAAAGAUGGGAAAAGCAGAGGCAUGGGCACAGUCACAUUUGAUAUGCCCCUUGAAGCAGUUCAAGCUGUCUCUAUGUUCAAUGGGCAGCUGUUGUUCAACAGAGUCAUGCACGUGAAACUGGAUGAGAAAUCUCUUCCCAAAGACUUUGGACCACCUGACAGAGCUGCUGCUCUUCCCCGUGGCCUGAGUGGUAUUGGUUUAGGUCUGGGACCUGGUGGCCAGCCUAUUGAUGCUACUCAGCUCAACAGAGGAGGUGGUGGUGGUGGUGGAGGUGGAGGAAUGGGCAACAUGGGCCCUGGAGGAAUGGAUGGAAUGGGCUUUGGCAACAUGGGAGGUCGUAUGGGAGGAGGAGGAGGAGGUGGUGGAGGAGGAAUGGACAACUUUGGAGGAAUGAACAACAUGGAUCGUUUUGGUUCUUCAGGGAUGGGCAGAAUGAAUGAGAUGGACCGUGGGAUUGGUGGUGCUUUUGACAGGGAGUUUGGGCGAAAUGAAAUGGGAAUGUCUCGCAGUAGUUUUGGAGACUCCUUUGAAAGAGGAAUGGGAAACUCCCUCGGUAUGGACCGUAUGAAUUCUGGAAUGGACCGCCUGGGAGGAGGCAACAUGGAUCGCAUGGGAGGGAUGGACCGGAUGGGCAUGGACAGGAUGGACCGUGUGCCUGACCUUGACAGGCUGGGUUCUGGGUUUGACCGGAUGGGCUCAGGGAUGGACCGGCUGGGGCCCAGUAUGGACAGGCUUGGACCUGGCCUGGACCGUAUGAGCUCCAGCAUGGACCGCCUUGGCCCAGCUGGGUUUGACCGCCUAGGCCCGUCUGGUUUAGAUCGCAUGGGUUCUGGCAUGGACUUUGGCUCCCCAAUGAGUAUGGAGCGCAUGGGCAACACCGGGCUUGACAGAAUGGCCAGCAGCUUCGACCGCAUCGGCUCCACUGGAGGACUUGACCGCUUCCCCUCUGGUGGUCUCGACCGCAUGAGCUCUGGCAUGGAUCGAAUGGGGUCUGGAGGUGUUGGCGGUCAGUUUGACCGCUCUGCUGACUUGGAUCGUGGAUUCGGUGGCAAUUCCUUUGGAGGAGCUGGAGGGCCUGGAACCGGGGGAGGCAAUGUCAGGAAGGGAUGCCAGAUCUUUGUCAGAAAUCUGCCCUUUGACUUCACCUGGAAGAUGCUGAAGGACACCUUCAAUACAUGCGGCAUGGUUCAGUAUGCUGAUAUCAAGAUGGAGAAUGGCAAGUCCAAGGGCUGCGGUGUGGUUCGCUUCGACAACCCUGAAACCGCCGAGCGCGUCUGCCGGACCAUGAACGGCUAUCGGCUGAAUGGAAGAGAAAUUGAUGUUAGGAUUGAUAGGAAUGCAUAAGUUGUUUGUUUUUGCAUUACAUCUGACAUUUUUAGUCUCUAAUGUCCAAACGCUCUGUAUCAUCUGAAUUUGCCCUUCAGCAUAUUCGUACUCACUUGGUUUGUUAGGUAUUUGUUACUGGUGAAAAUGUUUGUUUAGUAAUUUGUAACAGUGAAAGUGUUUUAGUUUAAAUUUUACUUUUUAGAGACCAAAUUUUAAUUUUUUUCCUUCCGUCUUGCUUCACUCGUCAUUGCCUUUGUUCUAUAAGGUGUUUUGAUAAAUAAAAGUCAAUACUUGAAA